AUGGAGCACAGAGAUGACGAUGAUGACAACGAUGAUGUGUCUUUUGCCAAGUGGAUGAGCAGCUUUUGGGGUCACAGCUGGAGAGACAAGGAUGAGCGAGGACCCCGGGACCACCACCGGUUACAUGAAGCAAGCUACAGGAAGGCUUCACUGCCCUGCCCAUUUCCUGCGGUUCCCAGCAUCACUUCCUCUGACUGCCAACCUAGAAGACAUUCUCACGAGGACCCAGGAUCCCGAAGUCAUCUUCCCAUGAGGUAUCACAGAAAAUGCUCCGUGGAUGGGCCAUUCAGGGAGCCAAUAGAAUCACAAAGAAGAGUUCUUUCCAACAUGCAGGAAUUUUCAGAAUCCUUUGAACAACACCUGUGCCUUCAAACCAAGCGCUCUCCUUCUGAGGGACCCAAGGGGAGGAAGGAAAGAGAUGAAAGACGUUGCCUAGAAACUAAAAUGAGAUCCUACAAGAAAGUGGAGGACAGAAGGAGCUCUAUGAAGGAAACGCAUGGAGACGGACCCAUGGUGCCUCUGACUGAAAAGGGGCCUGAGUAA